AAACAAAACGAGCUGGUAUCUUCAAAGUGCUGCAGAAUACGAAGCAUAUAAAUUGUAAACAAAAUACCGGUGUUCUGAUGAAAUCACGAGUGUACUGGGCGGAUUAGCGAUGUCUUGCGUAAUGCAAAUCCUUAACUAAGUCAGCUGUUAGUAAUCGCCGGACACAUAGCGCGGAUAAAACUCCACAGAAUGAUUUCGCCGAUGCUUGUUACAUCAGGCAGAGCAAAUGUUCCACUAUGGGGGCGUAUUCUACGGCGAAUGACGCACAAUUUCUUUAGCGUAACACCCUCUUUCGAUACCAACUAUCUGCUUGAUCCGAACAACGCAACGGACAUCGAAGCAAACAUAAAUCAUCGGAAGGGCAUCGGUGAUAUACGACGCGUACAGAGCAUUAAUGAACAACUUACGAAGAACACCGAUUUAUCUGAAGAUGAGCGCAUCGCACUCAAUACUCAACUGCAGGAAGAAUUGGGUAAAAUUCCAAAUCGCACCCAUCCGGAUGUAAUAGACUACGGAAUCGAACCACGGAUCGUUCGGCGUUACAAUGAACAGCACAAUCAGACUGAUCGAAAGUACUUCCAGUUCGGCGAUAUAUGUAAGAAAAUGAAUCUUUAUAGAAUGGAAAAUUUGGGCAACUUCACCGGGCACCGAUCCUACUACCUGACACACGAUUUGGCUGAACUCGAGCAUGCACUUAUCAACUACACUGUUCAUGCUCUGCAAAGGCGCCAAUUUCAGCUAAUCACCGUACCGGACGUUCUACCAGGGCGCGUUAUUGAAAGCUGCGGUAUGAGUGUCCAUGGCGUGCGGAAUCAAGUAUAUAAGCUAUCAGGUGAUGAACAUGAUCCUCUGUGCCUCUCCGGUACCUCUGAGAUGGCCCUGGCGGGUUACUUUGCUAAUAGGGAGCUGCCAGCUGACCGAUUACCACUCAAGCUGAUGGCCGUUAGCCGCUGCUAUCGGGCAGAAACGUCCGCAUUGCAGGAGGAAAAGGGCAUUUAUCGGGUGCAUCAGUUCACGAAGGUAGAGAUGUUUGCCGUGUGCCGAUCCGACCAGUCCAGUAAAGUACUAGAGGAGUUUCGGGACAUCGAAGUAAGCCUGUUCAACGAUCUCGGUUUGCACUUUCUGCUUCUUGAUAUGCCACCGUGUGAGUUGGGUGCACCGGCUUACAGGAAGUACGACAUCGAGGCGUGGAUGCCUGGACGAGCGAUGUACGGUGAGCUGUCGAGCUGUAGUGACUGCACGGAUUAUCAAUCACGCCGCCUCGGCAUUCGCGUUAGCAGCGACAGUAAUGCUGGGGAGCCUAAGUUUGCCCACACCGUAAAUGGUACAGCUUGUGCGAUUCCGAGAAUGUUGAUUGCACUGCUGGAAAACUUUCAGAACGAAGACUACACCGUAUCAGUGCCAUCGCCCCUGGUGCGGUAUAUGGGCGGAAAACAAUUUAUCCGAAGGCGGAAAGAACUGCCAGAGUUGAAGCUAACGAAACGUUUAUUGCAAGAGGAUAUCCUAUGAGAUAUAAUAAAACCAACCACGUCUACGUUGCAUUGCCAUUGAAUCAGUACUGUUUUGGUUUUAUAUUUUUCAAUCUCAAUCACGUCACUGCAAAAAAGAUGAACGACUCGUCGAAAAAACGGAGUUGCGUUUGCGUGCACGCAAAGCAGUGGUAAUAACGAAUCGAACCAUAUGAUUGAGCAGCAGCCUCACCCAACUUUAAGGUAAGAGAAUCUACGCCAACUUGGUUCGAUUGUAAGAGGACCAACCCUGUACCGCCAAGAAAACACCACACGCUGAUCGAAAUUAAAUUCUAUCCUCCGAUUUAUACGACUCAAAUGGAACGAUGAAUAGGCAACCGAAACUCCGAGAGUCUCCGUGGCAAAACAUUGCAUGCUUCGGAAGUCCGAAACAUAAUUUUCCUGGUUGAAAAAUGUCGCAAAGUGGCGGUGAAGGAGGCUAAACCAAGAAAAAAAAAAACAUAAUGCAGACAAACCUAAAUAAGGCAUGCUACACGGUGCUGCGUCCAACGAUGCGUGAAAAAUUAUGCGGUAUUGAAAACGAAAAUUGUACAAAUCGUAUGUUCGCGCACAAGCUGGUUUUGGUUAUCCCGCGCGUCACUUGGGCCGUUUGUGGAAUGCAAAACUCUGCAUCUAUCGAUAAAGAAUAUAAAAAUUGUCUUUGAAAUUCCAACUAUGUUCGGCCGCAGAGUUAACAUUAAUCGGUAAAGAAAGUUUUUGAAAAUUCAAGAAAUUUUAAAAUGAUUCUAGAAGUUUUUAAUCAACGCAUAUUCAACGCGCAUCAAACGCAACGCAUUUUCCAACCGAUUAAAUGGUUCAUUACCUUAAAUAGCAUGAAUAUUUGAUCUAUGUUCCUUAUCAUGUUGAAAUUUAUCCCACAAAAAGGCUAGUACCUUGACGUAGUCUCAACUUUUGCACUCAAAAUUGAAGUGUUAAAGACACCGGUUAGCACAUUUCGGUUAU